UAUAGUGUGUCCAGAACAGUUUUUAUUCCUGUGUGUCAGAUUUAAACUACACCGAAGGUCAAGAGGUCAGAGGGUAAAGGCUAUUCCCCCAGCAUUCACGUCUGUAGGAUACACAGCCAUCUUGGAUCUGCGAGGAGAGGGUAAAUUAAUGCGGUGACAUACGGAAUGUUCAGUACAAGUAGAAAGAAGUUUGUGGAGGGGGUCGAUAGUGACUACCCGGAUGCAGAGAGCAUGUACCAGUAUACCCAGCCAAUGUUCCCACACCGAGAGAAAGACAUGCUGACAUCUCCUUCGCCGUCGUCGUCAAGUCAAUUGUCACAGCUUGGUGCGAGUUUGUACGGUCCGCAAAGUGCACUAGGUUUCCCAUUAAGAGGCAUGAGUAAUAACAACCCUCAACUGAACCGGAGUUUAACGCAAGGCACUCAGCUACCGAGCCAUAGCACCCCAACAACAGGCGUCCCAACAAUGUCCCUCCACACGCCACCGUCGCCGAACAGGGGCAUCCUGCCCAUGAACUCCAGGAACUUGAUGAGCUCGCAGGUAGGGCAGGGCAUGGGCAUGAGUGGCAGGACCAACAGUAUGGGCAGCUCGGGCCUGGGCAGCCCCAACCGCAGCUCCCCAAGCAUUAUCUGCAUGCCCAAGCAGCAGCCAGCACGCCAGCCAUUUACCAUCAACAGUAUGUCAGGAUUUGGAAUGGGGCGGAGCCAGGGGUUUGGAAUGAACUCCUUAUCCAAUAACAUCUUCAACGGGACAGAUGGGAGUGAAAACGUGACCGGAAUAGACCUCUCAGAAUUCCCAGCACUCGCAGACAGAAGUCGGAGAGAGGGAAACGGCAACCCAACACCAUUGCAUAAUCCGCUGGCUGGAAGGGCACCGUAUGUUGGAAUGGUCACAAAGCCAUCGAACGAACAGUCGCAGGACUUCUCCAUUCACAACGAAGACUUCCCAGCUCUGCCCGGGCCCAACUACAAGGACCCGACGUUGAGCACGGAUGAAAGCAAAUCAGUGGUCCUGUCCCAGUUCUGUGAGCUUUACCAGAGUUUUUUGGUUCAACAGAGCUUGAACUCAUCAGGCAAGGGCAGCUCAAGUGUGGACGGACCUAAGUUUCCUGGCGAUAAGACAUCAUCAGCACAGAAUAACAACCAGCAAAAGAAAGGAAUCCAGGUGUUGCCUGAUGGCAAGGUAACAAACAUUCCCUCAGGAAUGGUGACGGAUCAGUUUGGAAUGAUUGGACUCUUGACAUUCAUCCGGGCAGCUGAGACGGACCCUGGGAUGGUUCACCUAGCUUUAGGAAGCGACCUAACAACGCUAGGACUCAACCUGAACUCUCCAGAGAAUCUGUAUCCCAAGUUUGCAUCACCAUGGGCUUCGGCUCCAUGUCGACCACAAGACAUCGACUUCCAUGUUCCCUCAGAGUACUUAACCAACAUUCACAUAAGGGAUAAGCUGGCUGCAAUAAAACUGGGACGAUACGGUGAAGAUCUGCUGUUCUACCUCUACUACAUGAACGGAGGAGACCUCUUACAACUCCUCGCUGCUGUGGAGCUCUUCAACCGGGACUGGCGGUACCAUAAAGAAGAAAGGGUUUGGAUAACAAGAGCACCAGGCAUGGAGCCCACGCUAAAGACCAACACUUACGAGAGAGGAACAUACUACUUCUUUGAUUGUCAUAACUGGAGGAAGGUUGCAAAGGAGUUUCACCUGGAAUACGACAAGCUAGAGGAGAGGCCUCACGUGCCAACCACCUUCAACUACAAUCCGGCCCAGCAGGCGUUCUGAAGCUGAGUCCAUCAGCGCCGGGGAGCUCUAAGAGCGAUCGGCAGAGACAGCCAGCCGACCUGCCCGACCACAAACCUGGUUUUAUUCCUCAACUGUUCGGACAAGGACUGCGGGAGGGGGGGUGGGGUCUCCACCAUGAGAGCUGUGGGGAGGGGCCCUGCCUUACGAAUUAUGUGCUGCCCAAAAACAAACUCUAUAUUUUCAUUCUGUUUUUAAUUCCCCUUAUUUUCUUUCUCCCUCCAUUUCAUUUCGAGCAGGGUCAAUGUUUUCUUUCUCCUGUGAUGGGAAGCCCCUAUUGGUGUUUGCCUGGAGUCUAAGUUGCAGAACAGCACACACACACCCAUUGGUAUAAAAAGCAGCCGGCGCUUUGUUUUCCGAAGCGUCGCGCUGACAAACAGGACAGACACAAAGACAAAUCCAAUACAUGUGAAUACACAAGGGCAAAAGAAAAUGCAAUGUUCAUUGUUGCACUAUUUAGUAAUAAAAGAACACAAAAAUC